GUGCAAUACUGUAUUGAAAUGGCCGUUGGAUCACUUAACUUCACAGGAUUCUUCUCUUUAUAAUUAACUCCGCUGCUUUAGCUUACUUUAGUGCACCUGUAGUAAAUGGUGGAUAGUUUAAGAGCUUUGUCUUUACAGCUGUAGCGGAAGAGACUGUACUUAAAAACACUUUCAUUUGCCUCUGUACUGAAACUAAACCAUAUGCACAGCCUCUUCUGCAAAUGGGUAGCUCUUGAAAACCUCAGGGAUUAUUUCUCAUUGUUUGUCUUAUUUGAGCUGAAUUUUUAGAUCCUGCGAAUUGGUAAUAUUUCUUGAAGAACAAAAAUCCUCUCUUUUCAGUUGGAUUUUCUCGGCUCCGCAGUCCGCAAGUUGGUGUUCUUGUUAUUGAAAACCAGAAAGCCUAUUGUGUUCUUUUACAUGCAGAUAAUGGAGAAUGGGUUCGGCAUUAAGUGCUAUUUUAUAAUUAUAGUAGCACUGUAUGUGGGUAUUUCUAUGGGUCGCGUUUGGGGUCAACAGAAUGUUGCGGCUGCAGAUACUGAAGGUGGAGUGUACAUUGUGACUCUGAAACAAGCUUCUACUUCUCUUGUUGACCCUAUUUUCUCCAGCGAGCUCAGCGGUGGUGGUACAUCAUUUAAAUCUAAGAGAUUAAUCAAGCCUAGCAAUGUUUCAAGUAGAUGGAGCCAUGGUUCUCACACUGUUAGAAUGCAUGACUCUUUGUUGAGCAAGGUAUUCAAAGGAGAAAAGUAUAUGAAGCUCUAUAGCUACCACUACUUGAUCAAUGGUUUUGCUGUGCUUGUGACUCCCCGACAGGCCGAUAGACUGUUGAGAAGGAGAGAAGUGUCAAAUGUGAUUUUGGAUUUCUCUGUCAGGACAGCUACCACUUACACACCUCAAUUCCUGGGUUUACCAAACGGGGCAUGGGCCCAGGAGGGUGGGCAUGUAACUGCUGGAGAAGGAGUUGUUAUUGGAUUUGUGGAUACUGGAAUUGAUCCGACACACCCAAGCUUCUCUGACAAUACACCCGAAAAUCCAUAUCCAGUUCCGGAUCACUUUUCAGGCAUUUGUGAGGUCACCCGGGAUUUCCCAUCUGGAUCCUGUAACAGAAAGCUGGUUGGUGCCCGCCAUUUUGCUGCCUCUGCUAUAACUAGAGGCAUAUUUAAUGCAACUCAGGACUAUGCUUCGCCAUUUGAUGGCGAUGGCCAUGGGACGCAUACAGCUUCUAUUGCAGCAGGGAACCAUGGGAUCCCUGUGGUUGUAGCUGGGCAGAAUUUUGGUAAUGCCAGUGGAAUGUCUCCUCGCUCACACAUUGCUGUAUACAAGUCAUUGUACAAGAGUUUUGGUGGCUUUGCUGCGGAUGUAGUUGCCGCAAUUGACCAGGCAGCUCAGGAUGGAGUAGACAUAAUAAGUUUGUCAAUCACUCCAAACAGACGUCCUCCUGGAAUAGCAACGUUCUUUAACCCUAUAGACAUGGCCUUGCUUUCAGCUGUAAAGGUCGGUAUAUUUGUAGUGCAAGCAGCGGGGAAUACUGGACCAUCACCAAAAAGCAUUUCCUCCUUCAGCCCUUGGAUCUUUACUGUUGGUGCUUCCAGCCAUGAUCGCAUCUACUCUAACUCUAUCCUUCUUGGGAACAAUCUCACCAUCUCUGGAGUUGGUCUUGCACCUGGGACAAAUCCAAAUACAAUGUACACACUGGUUUCUGCAGUUGAUGCUUUGAAUGAUACAAGAGCUUCAGAUGAUAUGUAUAUGAGCGAAUGCCAAGAUUCUAGUAAUUUCAACCAGACUCUUGUUCAAGGGAAUCUUUUGAUAUGCAGCUACUCUAUCCGGUUUCCAAUUAAAUCCCGUACCAAUGAGAUUGCCCGGCAUAAUCAUUCCGUCUACAAAUGAUUCUAAGAUUUUUCUGAAGUACUACAACUCCUCUCUCUUGAGGGAUGAAAUUACCAACAAAAUCGUCAAGUUUGGGGCAGUUGCCUCCAUUUCAGGGGGGAUCAUAGCAAAUUUCAGCUUGUCCGCUCCAAAGGUUAUGUUUUAUUCUGCCCGUGGGCCAGACCCAGAGGAUAAUUCUCUCACUGAUGCAGAAAUCCUAAAACCAAACGUCGUUGCUCCUGGAAAUUCAAUAUGGGCAGCUUGGAGCUCUGGCGGAACUGACUCUGCAGAGUUUCUAGGAGAGAACUUUGCAAUGAUGUCUGGUACAAGCAUGGCUGCUCCACAUGUUGCUGGUUUAGCUGCUCUGAUUAAGCAGAAGUUUCCGUUGUUCACUCCUGCAGCUAUAGGAUCUGCACUUUCGACAUCGGCAUCUGUGUAUGACAAAAGUGGAGGCCCCAUACAAGCCCAACGAGCAUAUUCUAAUCCAGACUCUAACCAAUCUCCUGCAACACCGUUCGAUAUGGGGAGUGGUUUUGUGAAUGCUACUGCUGCUUUGGAUCCUGGCCUCAUAUUCUAUUCAAGCUACAAUGACUUCAUGUCAUUUCUGUGCGGUAUCAAUGGAUCAUCCCCAGUGGUUCUGAACUACACUGGUGAAAGUUGUGGGUCGUCCAACAUGAGUGCCAUAGACCUAAACUUGCCUUCUAUUACAAUUGCACAUCUCAACCAAUCAAGACUAAUCCAACGGACCGUGACUAAUAUUGGUGACAAUGAAACUUACGUUGUUCAGUGGAGCGAACCGUAUGGGGCAUCAGUGAAGGUGACACCAAGCCGAUUUCAUAUCGGACUGGGUGAGAGUUUGAACUUGACGGUAUCCUUUAAUGCUAAGAUGAACCAUAGCAGCCCGAGUUUUGGGAGGAUUGGGAUGUUUGGGAAUCACGGUCAUGCUGUGAAUAUUCCUAUAUCUGUUGUAGUCAAGACUGCAUACAACAAUACGACCUAGUGGUUGACUUCAUACUUUUGGUUAAUCUUGUUUUUCUGAAUUUUGAUUUUGCCCAAUUUUUUGAUUUUUUAGCUUUGUAAAUAUAUAUUAACUCACCAUUGUUUUAACCUGUUACUCUGUCCAGAAAAUGACCUUUUGCUUAAUUGAAGGCUUAACAUCACAUCCUUAGUUCUUGAGUGUAAAUUACACUGUACCACCUGUAGCAUUUUUGCAAUUUCUAUGUUCU